AUGUUCAUCAUUGCAACCGGACACAUUGUUACAAGCUACUUCAUGGGGUUACAUCUCCGUACUGUUGAUUCGCUUGGGACGUGGUACAACGUAUUGUCGAAUGCGUUGUACAUUAUCCAGGAGCUUCUUGGGACCGGUGUUGCUAUAUACCGUAUGUGGAUUGUUUGGAACCGGAACUGGAAAGUCACAGUCAUUCCCAUAUUUCUCCUCCUUUCCGGAAUUGCUCUCGGGUGUAUGCCGUUCACCCUUCACUUAAUUCUCCCACCAUCGGAACUCACUGGGCGUCACCAUCUUAUCUUCACUUUCAUUGCAAUCUUCUCUUUCCUUAUUGUCGUUCUGAACGUCAUAUGCACUUCGCUUAUAGUUUAUCCCCUCUUUUCUUUCCAUCGAGCGACUUCCAUCCUUCGGAAGCUCCCCAAACGCUCGUCAAUUCUUCCACCAGUAAUCCGCAUAUUGAUCGAGUCGGCAAUGUUACAACUCGUCGUAGAACUACUCUUCCUUGUCUUGUGGCUCCUUCAUCAUGCGGCACAGUAUAUCGUCUUUUCUCUCACUGUUCCGUUCGUUGUGAGUAUCGUAAAUUCUUCUAUCCGUUCGGUCGUUAAUGGAGUUUCGGCAGGGUAUAACGUUCACACUGAUAACUCUCCGAAUUAA